CAGAAAUCUCAUUUCUAAAAGGAAUGUCAUUUGUCAUAUAAUAUGAGUCCCCUUAAUAUUGACCUUAAAUAUAAUUGCAACAAUAUCUUAAAAGAAAUGCUCAGCAAAUAUUGAAAGUUGGCCACUUUUAAAAGCAAUAGGGAAUUCCAUUCGAAGCGCAUGUGUCAGCGGAAGUGUAAUUUGCAAAAAGAAACAUGCAUAAGUUAAAAAGUUCUCAAAAAGAUAAAGUUCGGCAAUUUAUUGCCUUUACUCAAUGUGUUGAAAAAUCAGCUAUAAAUUGUUUGAGUGUUCAUGACUGGAAACUUGAUGUUGCUGUGGACAAUUUCUUCCAAAAUCCAGACAGAUACAGUGGUAGUGGUGGGGGUGAUUCUAGGACUACUGUUGAUAGGAAAAAACUAGAUGCAUUGUGGAAUAGAUACAAAGACCCACAUGAAGAAGAUAAAAUGACAGUAGAUGGAGUGAUGAAAUUUUUAGAAGAUUUGAAUUUAAACCCUGAAUCUAGAACAGUUUUAAUAUUAGCCUGGAAGUUUAAAGCUGCUACUCAAUGUGAAUUUACUAGGGAUGAAGUAAUAAAUGGAAUGUUUGAUUUAGGGUGUGAUUCUAUAGAUAAAUUACGUGUAAAGUGUCAAACAAUGGAGUUUGAUAUACGAGAUCCUUUACGAUUUAAAGAUUUUUACCAAUUUACUUUCAACUAUGCCAAAAAUCCAGGACAAAAAGGACUAGAUUUAGAUAUGGCCUUAGCAUACUGGAAUAUUGUUUUAGCAGGGAGAUUUAAAUUUUUGGACUUGUGGGUUUCAUUUUUACAAGAACAUCAUAAAAGAUCUAUACCUAAAGAUACAUGGAAUUUAUUGUUAGAUUUUUGUAAUAUGAUUAAUGAUGAUAUGACAAAUUAUGAUGAAGAAGGAGCAUGGCCUGUGUUAAUAGAUGACUUUGUUGAAUAUGCUAAACCUUUAAUUACAACUAGUGGUUCUCGUAGUACUACAGUGUAA